GGAAUGCGGGAUCAGCCCUAACAUUCAGGAAUGCAGCCAGCGCAAGAGGAAGUUCUUACGGACAUUGUGAAGGAAGCCAUUACGCCGAGCGAAGACGAGGGUUCGCUCUCCAUCUUUGCGAUCGUUCUCUCCUCCUUGAUGGCGGCUGCAGCGAGAGUCAGUUCCUGGUGAUAAGGAGACAGACUUGGUGAUGUUCCAUGCCGACUUGGAGUGGUAUUUGCCCCGCGCCAGGCUGUAAACUGAAGCUGAAUCAGACGCAGAAGAUUGCUAAUAUAACUGCCAUUGAGGUGCACAGUGAUAGCCAUAUUGCCCUCCAGUUCUUGGACGAAGUGACAGGAGCCGAAUCGUCAUGGAUGCUUCACGUCACGUCCUCGGUUGCUGCCUGCCACAUCAUCCAGGCCAUCCGAACUCCCUGGAGCCAACUCUUCAAUGUUGAUCUUCAGGAUUUCAUAGGCGUAUACCGGACGAGGGAAGGGGAUUUGCUGAGCAUGACGAGGAUGCUGACGGAGAGCGUCUCCCAAGAGGUUCAGAGAGAGGUACAGGAGAGCAAAGUUACAGAACAGGCAGCACAAGAAUGGUACCAGGUGGCAGCUAUUCCAGGAAAGCUCAAAUAUGAUCCUAAAUACCCCAUUCUAGGUUACAGUGACUUAAGCUCCGAAAAUGUUCAUGAUGAGGGUGGUGGUGACGAGAUAAGCGAACAUGAGAAGUGUGAAGUCGGAUGUGAGAAGGACAUAACCAGUGAUUGCUAUGCCGAGGUUACUGUCACUGCAAAUAAAGAAACUAAGGAAGUACCGAAGUGUAAUGUAUAUGAUGGAACUAUAAAAACAGCCCCAGUUUUUGAGGAAAAGAGUAAUGGUGACUCUAAUGUCUUAUUUAGAGAUGUUACUUGAAGGUAGUGUGCCAUUUUUGCUUGUGGAAUAAUCCAGUUAAUGCAGAAGUCAUACAAAAUGUGCAGUGUAUAAUAACAGCUUGAAGGGAAAAUGGGUGAUGCCUCUUUAUGAUAUUUUUUAAUUGUUAUUUGUGAAAUGGUUGCAAAAAAAGGAUUGAAAGUGAUAAUUCCUUAAUUAUCAACUCAGGGUAAGGAUGGUAGCUAUUCUGUGGUAGUGAAUGAAUACUUUUAUUUUGAUUUAGAAAGAAAUAUACCAGUUAUAGUUAUAUAUUUUUUCAGAGUUAUUUUUUAAUGUGUAUAUAUAUACAAUUGCUUACAUGCCUCCCAGCCAUUUUACUUCUUGAAUAUUUUCUGGCAAAAUUCACAUGCAUCAUAUACUUGUUUAUAAAUGUAGUGAAGAUAAAGAUAAAGGGUGCCAGCAUAUAGUGCCAUAAGCUUUAGCAAGUCAAAGCCAAGGUAGUAGUCACAAUAAUCUUAUUCUCGUGUCGGGAAAAAUAGUCACUGGAAGCUGUUUCCAAAUAGGAGACACUGAUGCAUUUUUUCCUUCUUUCUGUGUUCAUGGUUGGGACCUGCUUUGAGCUUCAUCAUUUCUCUCCACUCCUUAGCAUUGGGAUAUUCAGAAUUUUGAUUUUUAUUCAAGAAAGGAAGACGACUGUUCAGUGUUUUACGUCAUCAUUUCCUUCAGUCUCUGAGAACAGUGACGCAUUUAUCAUCUGUAUUGCUUUCCUAUAUACACUGACCUGAGAGGAUUGAUAUUUAUUCUCUCUCUCUCUCUCUCUCUCUCUCUCUCUCUCUCUCUCUCUCUCUCU